CCUAAGGUGCACAAGAGCCGUACCCAUCCUCCCGGACGUCCGAUCGUUUCGGGGAUCGGCAGCUUGUGCACCAAUGUGGGAAGGUUUAUUGAUUUUUUUCUCCAGAAAAGCGUAGAAACCCUUCCUUCUUUUGUUAAGGAUACCACCGACAUGCUGAGACGGCUAAAUGGGAUUCAUGUUGACCCAGAUGUGGUCCUUGUCACAUGCGACAUUGAGUCGUUAUACACGUCUAUAUACCAUGACCAGGGAGUGCGGGCAUCCAGAUCCUUUUUGACCAUGUCAGAUUAUGACAAUGGUAUGAUUGAGUUUAUUCUGACAUUGUUAGAAUUUAUGCUCACGCAUAACUAUUUUUUAUUUAAGGACCGCCUCUUCCUACAGCUCCAGGGGACAGCUAUGGGGGCAUCGUGUGCCCCCGCAUAUGCCAACUUGUUCCUGGGGCUGUGGGAGAGAGAGAUCGUCCAGGAAACACCUGGAUAUGAUGCCGCACUCCUAUGGUCUAGGUAUAUAGACGAUGUGUUUUUCCUAUGGCAAGAUACUAUUCCAGCCUUGGAAAACUUUUUGGCCUGUCUCAACCAGAACACACGUAAUAUCAGACUUACCUGGAAAUAUAGUCUUACGAAUGUCGAAUUCUUGGAUAUAAUGAUCACUAAGGGAUCUGACGGUCAUUUGUCCACUGAUCUUUUCAGGAAGUCCACUGCCGUCAAUGCCCUUCUCCACGCCUCCUCUGCUCACCAUCCCAAUACGAUUCGGGCAAUACCUACAGGGCAGUUCCUAAGAACUCGCAGGAUCUGCUCCAGUGAUAAGCAGUUCGAACAACAAGCCGGCGUGCUGACACAACGAUUCCUCGAAAGAGGUUAUCAAUAUAAUACCAUACAGCGGGGCUAUGAAAGAGCCAAAAAAACAUCUAGAGACUCCUUGUUGAUCAUGCUAUUCAUUUCUGUGUGGAAUUGGUGACGAUGG